AUGAACGAGUUCGACCCAUCUCUAGUGUCAUCCUUUGCAGGUGGCGCAGUGCAGCGGAGGGUGUCGGUACUACAAGGUCGCAUAGUCAACGGCGUCGAAGCCGCACCUGGGGAGUUCCCUCAUCAGCAAGUGGGAGGAUGUAAUACUGUCUGUCUCAGGCAUCGCUGCGGGCCAAUGGAUAUCAUCCUGAACCAGUACUGGGUGGUCACAGCAGCACACUGCGUCGAAGUUCCCAACACAUACGACGUGCUAGCUGGUACUAACAUCGUGACCGACGGAGGAACCAAACACUCGGUGACAGACAUCACUUCUCAUCGGGAUUACGAUCCCAAUGAUUCCUGGAUCAACGACAUCGCCGUGCUCAAGGUGUCGCCAGCUUUUCCAAUUGAUGGCAUAACAGUGGCGCCAAUACAGCUGCCGGAACAGGGAAAGCAGGUUCCAGAUGGCGCCAACGUCACCAUCAUCGGCUGGGGAGACCUCUGGUACCACGGGCUGAGUCCAAUUGAGCUGCGCAAAGUGGACCUUCAAAUAGUAAACCAAGAGGAAUGCGAGGCAGUGUGGAAUAACCAGGGCUACGCUGUCCACCCUACGCAGAUCUGUACUGCUCGUUUCGAGGAUGUAAACUACGACUCCUGUAAAGGUGAUUCAGGGGGUCCUCUGCUCUACGAGGGAAAGAUUGUGGGGAUGGUGUCUUGGAGCUACGAGUGCGCUGCCCCUCCGUACCCCUCUGUCGGCACACGUGUCUCCAGCUACGUGGACUGGAUCAUGGACAACACCAACGGAACACUGGUGCCGCACUAG